AGGUCACUGGGUCCUCCCACCGCUGUAUCCUGGGAGGGAAGGCUGUGGGUUACAGGUUGGGGCAGUGGUUGAUUGGGUUUAUUUUCUGGGUCGGUUGAGUGGGCUGUUGUCGGAGACACGGAGAAGAUGCCGCUGGGUUUGAAGCCGUCCUGCAGCGUGUGCAAGGCCAAUUCCUCGGCCAUGUGGAGGAAGAGCAGUCAGGGUGAGAUCGUCUGCAAUAACUGCGCUGGCAAGAGCCCCGGAGCCGGCUGUGUUUCAGGCUUGACCGCGGGGCCCGGCUCAGCACCGGCUGCUCAGCAGAGCAACGGCGGAGGAGGUGGAGGUGGCAAACAGGCAAAGCAAGAAAUUCAUAGGCGGUCUGCAAGGUUACGGAACACAAAAUAUAGGUCCAUGCCUCCUGCUGAAAAGAAGGUUUCAACUAAAGGAAAGGGACGUAGACAUAUAUUCAAAUUAAAAAAUCCAAUUAAAGCACCAAAAUCUGUGUCUACGAUAAUCACAAGUGAAUCUAUUUUCUAUGGGGGUAUAUACUACCAAAUUGGAGAUAUAGUCUCUGUUGCGGAUGAAGAUGAUGAAAAGGUUUACUAUGCUCAGAUCAGAGGAUUCGUGCAAGAUCAAUACUGUGAAAAGAGUGCAGUGAUUACGUGGCUUAUCCCAACUCAGGCAAGCUCCAAAGAUCACUUUGAUGCAGCAACUUAUAUACUUGGGCCAGAGGAAGAUCUACCAAGAAAAAUGGAGCAUUUUGAAUUUAUUUGCCAUGCACCUUCAGAAUACUUCAAAUCAAGAUCGACUCCUUUUCCAGUUAUUCCAACCAAACCCGAGAAAGGGUAUAUCUGGACCCGUGUUGGACCAACCCCUGCAAUAACGGUGAAGGAAUCAAUAGGAAACAGUUUAUAGCCAAGGCGUUAAAGCUUUCUUAAAAUAAGUUUGUAUUUGUGUAAUAUAGCUGAAUCUUGGCCUUAUUAAAAGGCUCACUGUUUUAACAUGUUUUCAGUGUUCAUGCAAUUUUAAACAUUCAAAACUAUAUUAGCGUGAGGUUUAUGAACUCCAACAAUUCAGUUUAAAGUCUUGACAUACUUGAAAAUUAAUAUGGCAAGAUCUAUUUUUGACGUGUCUGUAAAUUUUGCAAAGCUUUGGUUACCUUUAUCAAUUUAAGUACAGUAUUUGUAUGUUACGCAGUAUUUUGUAUGGAACUGCUCAUUGUGCCACAUUUAGAUUCAAGUUCCUGAAUUAUCAAUUUUGCAAUAAACAAAUUUGUGGAUGGUGGAAAUAGGAAUCUAAUUUUGUACAUUAAAAAUAAAACACAUUACAUAUUAAUGUUUGCAUGUACUUUUAACUAGUUAGAAAUUACUAUAAUUGGAGAAGACUUAGAGAAAUUCUAAGUAUAUUAUUUUCUGUGUUUUCUGUUUUCAUGAUCAGACUUGACAUAAAUUCCAAAUAGGACAUUGUAGUUUUUCAGGUGUGAGAUUUUGUUAAGUUUAAGAUUAUAUUUUUAUAAAACUUAAUGUUUUCUGUGUAUGCUGUGAAUGGGGCAAGAGAAUUAUUGGUUUAAUGAAAGGUAAUUUUGUAUUGUUCCUGUGUACUUUUGAUGUAUGCACAUUUAUUUGUAUGGCAUCUAUUUUUAAAGGCUAUACUGACUUGGCAAAAUUAAAUAAAAUUAAGAGGAGGAAGAGGUGAAGUUGACAAUUGAUGAAACCAAAAUUGGGGUUUAAUUCCAGAAGUUUUU